CUCUAUUUAAAAAAAAAAAAAAAAAAUAUUGCAAUUAUAAUGUCUUCUUUGCAAUCUGGAAAUUUUUGGAAAAACACCAACUAUGUAGCAAAGAAUUUGAUUGGAAAAUGAUUUAAAAUUUGUUAGAAAAGGAUGGAAUAGGAAACCUAUCCUUGCUAUCAGAAGCAAUGAAAGUGAUGUUGCCUUUUCAAUCCAGUAUCAUGAUGAAGUAUAUCUGGUCAAUACAGUCUUUCUUUUAAAGAAAGAAAUGUUUGAAAAAGCACAAGAAGAAGCAUCUCCAAGUUUACUGGUAAACAAAUAUCAAACCCCACAGGUUUUGAAGUUACUAAGGCUGCCUCUUCAGAUUUAUUUAUGGGCUACAAGACCAUGUUAGAUUAUCAAUUUGUUGAUGAUUGAACCUGAUGACAAAGAAGCACUUGCUGUAAUGAGAGAGUCCUUUGAUCAGCUUCUUUCUAAUGACACCUGUGUGCCUCUGUUUGUGGAAACUUAUGUCUGCGUUCUGAUGCGGUUGAAACUACAAGAAGAAGCUGAAAUGUUUCUUCGGAAAUAUGUGGAGAAAGAGUCCCAGGGAACCGUAGCAAUCACACCUGCACUUCAUGCUUUAAAUAUAAUGAAAUUGCACAUGCCAAAAGCUAGUCUAGGGAUAAUCAUCUCUAUUCUUGAACUGGUUGCUGAAAGAAACUCGGGAGAUGCGAAGGUUUUGGAGCUCUGCCAACAUUAUUUGCACGUUCAUAAUUCGGGCAUUAAUUGUCAGUCUGACACUGAAUCGGAUUUUGAUUUCGGAUCGGAUUAUGGUGCCAUUUCCUUGGCCCACAAACGUGAAGGUCUCAGCAAGUGUCUUGAGCUGAUUGUUUACUUUUUGGACGUGCACAUCUUUAACGUACCUUCGACCGUUAUCCGAGAAGGAUGGAGCAUUAUGGCUGACAUCGUGAGAUGGAUUUGUAUGCAAGGGACGGACGAUUGCCUGCGUUCUGUGGUAGAUCUUUGGCAUAAUGAUAGGAAAAGGUGGUGGCUAUGCUUCCGUCUUCCACGUUCCGGGCCUCCUUUGAAUUUACCACAUGGUGACGCAGAAUUUCUCUCCAACAAAGUAUUUGUCUGCUACGUUUUGGAAUCCCAUCAUCAUCCGUUUGUCGCCACCCUAAGGGAACAUCCAGAGUGCAAAUUACUGAAAUCCCUCAUUAAACAGCUAAGCCAUCACAAAGUCAUGUUUGAUUCCAGAAUUGAACCAAUUCUCAGAGCGAAAGCUCUGAGCAAAAAGCGAAGGAGUUUACAAAUUUCAUCUUGA